AUGCUGGCCACUAAGUUUCCUAGCCAAAAGAAGCAGGAUUUCGAGACCUACAAGGAGACCGAGAUUGUGGACCUAUGCUUCUGGGGAAUCUACAAGACCCUACCGGGAGGCUUCGUGAGCAAAUCUGCCCUUGGAGUACACUUCUUCGCGGCUCAUGGGCGUGUGGCGAGAUAUCGGAAUUGUUUGGAUGGCACUCAAUGCCAAGCUUGUGGUGUGGAGCACUGGACCGCUGGCAGGCUGGAGGGACACAACGAAUGGGAGGAGAAUCUCUACAAGCUUUUCUCCGACGGCAUCCAAGGGCCAACACUCUCUGAGGAACCGGGGCAGAUCCAUAUUACCUUGGCUGGGAGACUCCGGUCAAUCCGUGUCUACCAAGACGAGCUUGAGCGAGUUGUAGACAGAUUGGUGGGAGAAGUUGAAGACCUGCAGAGAGACCCGGAGCUGCGGCCGUGGACAGCGAGUCAGCAGGACUUCAAGAAGGUCUUGCAGUCCAUGGACUGGAAGAAGACCGACAGUGUGCAGCAGGACAAUCACGGGACCCCAGUCAAAGUGGCAUACGAGCUGGGCGGCAGCUGGGAAGCUGAGUGGCACCGCCACAGAGACACUUUGAAUGUUUCGGCCGUGAUUGGCGAUCUGCUUUUACUUUUGCCACCUGAUUUGUGCACAGUGUGGCGAGCUCACCAGGCCCAAAGGGCGGUACAGUUACGAGCUCCUGCAACCUUCUAG